UUCUUCUGCUGACCGCCACCGCCUCCCUUCGUGUGUGCUGACGACACGAGGAGCUGCGUGAACAGAUUUAACUUCCGCACACAAACAUGAACAGGACAGGCAUAGCGCAGUGCUGAGCGUCCGGACAACAUUUCUCAUAAGCUUUGGACGACAUGUCAGAUUCAGAAUCUGAUUCUGAAUAUCGUACUGACUGGGAAGACUCCAGAGACAGAAUGAGUCUAAAACUUAUGUCCACAGACAGCACGGUUGUUGCCCUCCGUCCAUCAGAGGAGGCUUUUGAACGAUGGAGCCGUAUUCCCGUAGAAACGAGGAGAGAUGCUGGACAACGUUUGAAAAUUUGUGCCUUCUGGCUCCCUAUUCUGCUGCAACGUGAGCCCACCUCUAUUGCUCAGUGGGCUGAACAAAUAGGUGUAAUCGACGCAAAUGACAGCGAUGAACUGACUUUGAAGCACCUGCGAAAGAUUGAAACACUGGAAGCAAUCUUCAGAGCCUUGGAGAGAGGAACUCUGAAAAAGGACCAGUCAAAGCAUGUUGUCUGGAUAAGCAACAUGUUUAACUUGCGUUCCGCCGAGGUUUUGGACGAUGCGUUGCACUGGUUGGAGCGAACAGGAGAACCUGCGAUCCGGCGUCGUAUCCUGGAUCUUGGCCAUGCAAACAUCCGCUUCACAGCUUUGCAUGUAAUCUUUACAGAGUUUGCUAAGUUUAUUCAGGAAAUGGGUACAAACUUGGAGAGGACGAUGAAGUCACUAACGGCUCGACCAUCUGACUAUCAAGUAGAGAAAUGUGAAGAAAUGAAGAAGAAAGGAAAUGAUAACUUCCAGAAAAAACAGUAUGAAGAGGCCUUGAAGUUUUAUUCAAAAGCCGUCAAAUUUUAUCCAGACAACCACAUCAUUUAUGGAAACAGAGCUCUCUGUUAUAUCCGAUGUAACAGAUAUCUAAAAGCGGUUGGUGAUGGGAAACGUGCAACUCUGAUUAAACCCCUCUGGGCAAAGGGUCACUACCGCUACUGUGAGGCUCUGUUCUCUCUGGGAGAAUACAAAAUGGCCAUUGAAGCUAACAAGCUAGCCCGGCUACUGUGUAAGGCUGACCCCGAGGGAACAAAAGACCUGGAGCAGCAACACCAGAAAUUCAUCGCUGAAAUGCCGGAACCCAAAGUUGUACAUCCUAAGAAGACUCACAGUAAAAGACCGGACAGCAUCAACAGAGCACAUGCAGCUGUUAAUAAGACUGAUCCUCCACCGCAGAAUAAGGUCUCUGAGGUUAAAGUGGAAAAUCAACCAGUAAAAAAUGCGCAGUCAGAGGGCAGCACAAAAAACUCUAAACCAUCAAAGAGUGAACUUUCUUCAAAGAAUGGGAAAGGAGAGUCCAGCACCACAGCAAAGAAGAAAUCAAAGACCAAAAAUCCAUAUGAAGAAGAGAUUGAGAAGGUGGAUGAUAAAUCAGUUUUGUGUAAACACUUACGAUCGAUGGUGCAGGACGCACACUCUGCUCUGACUGACCUCCGCAGCCGCAACGCUGAGCAAGCCUUCAGCCAGGCACUGGUCUUACUGGACACCAGUACACCGAAGGAACUUGGACUCUCUACGGUGGAUGUGCUGUUGCUGCUGUACGGCCGCGCAUCAGCCCUGACAGAAAUCGGCCAGCCUGAGGAACUUGGAGAAGCACAGAGAGUUCUGGAGAAGAUCAAAUCAUUUGAGGAGAGGACAUUUCAGUGUCUGGUUUACUACGCCGUCGGGAGAGUGUAUCUCAAAGAAAACAGGUUUGCAGUUGCUCUGGAGCAGUUUUCAGAUUCUCUGCAGACGGUCAAGAAUCAAAUAACUCCGGGUAAACUCACCUGGCCUUUAACAAAAGAGGUUGUUAAAGAAACACAGCCGGACUAUUUCAAGGAAAUUCUGGAGAGUGCUAUAGAGUUAUGCAAAUUUCCUCCUAUUCCUGACGCCAUGUGUCGACUUGAGAAAUGCCUUGGCCCUUUGAAAGCUGAAAUCUACUUCACGGACCCAGAUUUUAAGGGCUUCAUUCAGAUAUGCUGCUGUCAGAAGUGCGUCGUUGAAUACCACAUCGCCUGCUGGAAGACCCUCAAGACGUCGUGCUUCUCUGAAAAGAAUGAAAAGGAUUUCCUUCGUGAGUCAUGUCUGACUCCAGACUGUGUCGGCCAGAUCUGUGUCAUUAAAAUCUUUGGUCCGACAGGCCUGGUGAAGUGCAAGUUUGAAGCCGACAUCACCAAACAACCAACUCCAAAGAAACCCAAAAUGAAUCAGGCAUGUACGAGUCAGAAGAAGUUAAAAUCGAAGGAGGAGCACAAGCUCAAGAGGAAGCAGCAUAAACAGUCGUUUCAAGAAAAGCAGGCUAUCAACGAUGAGAUUCUGCAGCAGAAAGAAGACUCAGCAACACAGAGUCAACAGAAAGCCUGGUUGCUGUACAGGGAUCGAGUUCUUCUGCAGAUCAGCCAGAACAUGGAGCUGCUGAGAGAGGAGAAGGGCCUACACGUGUCAGCCCUGAUCGGGAGUCUGAAGCCGUGGCUGGAGCUGGACGCGUCGAGGGGGAACCAGGUAGCCGUGAAGAUACUGAACUGGCAGCAGGAGCCGCUGGAGACUCUAAGUCAGGCUGUUGAGCUGCUUCUAGAGAGGAAGAACCGGGUUUGGGCUCGUGUUCUGAUCCAAGUACUCAGUAGCUGUCUGGAUAUAAAUCCUAAACUCAACAACUGGGCGUGCCAGCUCAACAGUGCAGGUCUGAAUGCUGCCAGAUCCUUCAUCGAGCGUUAUGGGGAGCACUUGGAGCAGCUGGAUCUGGCUUUUCUGCUCAACUUUGGACCGUUGCAGGACGUCAUUAUAGAGAAACUCGGCACUAGGCCGGAGCUUUUUUCAAGCAUUGGCUUGUCUGUGACUGAAUACCUAAAACAAGCCUCACCACAUGACACGAGACUCUUUAUCUGGACUCUGGAGGAGCACAGGGACGAGUAUGUCUCCUGCCACCCUAUACUGGAUGAGUAUUUUGAUAUGAUGGAUGGGCAUUGUUCAGUCUUAAAAAAGUCUGAUGAAAAUCAAAGUAAUUCUCCUAUGAAGAGUCGAGGCCGGAAAAAGAAACAGAAGGAGCCAAAGGGUGUUAUUGUUUUGUCUGGGAUGAGAGGUCCAACUCCAAGAGAUGAAUGGGACCAAGACUUUUUUGAAGAUGAUUCUUUAUCAUUCCUUCACCCUGGUGAUCCGUUCAGUGUACCGAGUCGCCUUCGAGAGCAAGUGGCUGAUUUUGAGGACCAGUACAACAACACCAGACACAGAAGUCACUAUAAAAAGAUUUUGGACAACAACCCCGACCCAACAAAAGAAAGUUUGUAUGACUACUUUGCUCAGAUCUUGGAGGAGCACGGUCCGCUGGUUGCUGAAGACCCUCUACUGGUGGGCGAACUGGUGAAUUUCCCUUCCGUGGCUCAGCUUAAGAUCCAAGAAGCUGGCGGCUUCGAGCUCUUCCUCCUGGAGUCCCUCCGCUUCAUAAAGAUGGGGAGGUGUAUCGGCCUGGCAAAGCACGCCGUCUCCCUGCAGCAGGCCGGACACGGAGCCUGCCUGGAUGACCUGGAUGACAUAGACUCAGACUCUCCUUCUCCUGAUUUGGUCGCGGGUCAUGAUCCUGCUUUCACCAGCUAUGUGGACACUUAUUCAUCUGCACAGACUGAGUUCUGUCCCGUCUUCUCAAGUUCAUAUGUAUUUGACGGCCCUAUUCCUCCAUUUGGCCAGUCAGCUGGUGGAGUUACUCCGGCUGGGGAUGAUCCGUAUUACCAUUGGACUAAUGGUGACAGUCAACAGCACCCCUUCAUUUCACUUAAUCACUGGGCAGAGCUGGAUCUACCUGCCAAUGAGGGUGAUGGUGACCUUUUGGAAACAUCUUCAGUGGCUUCAGGAGCAAGUGGAAUAAACAUUUUGAUGAAACAUGCAGCAGUACAGACGUGUCAGGAGGCGAUGAGGAGCGUAGCGGUGAAUACAGAGAUUCAUGAGCGUUUUGAAAGCUGCCAGGGCGACAUCAUCAAAAAGGAGAAGACCAACAAGGAGUUGGAGCAGCAGAUCAAGAACAUCGAGAAGGGCUGUGACCACGUCAACCUGAGACACAGAGAAGACAUCGCUGUCCUCGAGGAGGACGUUCAGAAGAUCAAUGCCAACAUACAUGUGACCAACAAGGAGCUGGCCCUGUUCCAGCAGAAACUGGAGGAGGAGGUGAGGAAGGACCAGAAGGAGAAGAAAGCCAACCAGGAAGGACUGAAGUCCCUGAAGGUGGAGAUAGAUGAGCUGGUGGAGGAGCAGGGGAGUCUUGCCCGAAGCAUCCGAGAGAAGAAAGCCAGCUAUGACGCAAAGUUUAGUGAUUUCCUAGAGCUGAGCAACCAGUCGGCAGCUGAGAAGAUGAGUCUGGAGGAUGAGAUCAAGCGCUGUAAGGCGUUGUUGAUCUCGGCGACCAGGAGGUGUCACGCAACUCAGGUGUCGGUGGUGGAGAGCAGUCGGGAUCAGGGUUUGUACGGUUUCUACAGAGAGCUGGCGAACGGCAAGGCUCUGCUGACCAAACUGGACGAAGCAGUGCACAGGUUCCCCAACCAGGACAUGGAAAUGACCAGAAACAGCUGGAGAGUUAAAGUCCAGGAAGUAGAGAAGAAAAUCGCCACUGCUGAGGCUCAUUUCCAGGAGCAGCUGGAUCAAGUGAAGAACGGCAGAAGAGUCAGUGAGUUGCCUCCAGUCACCAUCAACAACCAGCCUGAACCUCCAGCUGCACCACUGCAUGUAGCAGCCAAAGAGCUUCCUCCUCCAUCUUCAGCCUCACACAGCGCUCCCCCGAUCGUCCACCCAUCUGCAGCUGAAGUGCCAGUCGCUCCGCCUCAGCACAAACCUCCAACAAGGACGCUGGAGCCUUCAAACAACACUGUGUUUGACAAGGCGAUGGAGCGCCUCACCACCAUGUUCCCUGACUAUACCAGGUCAGACUUGUCGAGGUUUGUUCAGGAGCUGCGUUCAUCCAGCGGUGGAAGCCUCGGCAACAUGGCGCUGCAGGAUAUGGUCGGAGGAGUGACCCAGCUGAUCCUGGACCAUCAGGAGAAGCUUAAUGCUGCCAAAUUGAACGUCAUGGGUCGUGGGAGUCCGGCUAAGUGUGCCACCCCGCCUUUGAUCACUCCGGUGUGGCAGUCACUGGGACCCCAGAGAGCCACCCACUCCAACGCACUGAAUGCAGAGGAUCCCUGCAUCAUCUGUCAUGAAGACAUGAGUCCAGACGACAUCUGUGUGCUGGUGUGCAGACACAGCUUCCACAACGAGGUGAGAGAAGAGAUCUACCAUUCUGUUUGUUGUUUGAAAACUGGAACUUCCUAUACUAUGACGUUUUUAUCAUAUUUUGGACGACAUACUAUACUAUGACGUUUUUAUCAUAUUUUGGACGACAUGCUAUACUAUGACGUUUUUAUCAUAUUAUGCUAUACUAUGACGUUUUUAUCAUAUUUUGGACGACAUGCUAUACUAUGACGUUUUAUCAUAUUUUGGACGACAUACUAUACUAUGACCUUUUUUAUGGCAUUUUAACGACAUACUAUACUGUGACAUUUUUCAUGGCAUUUUGACGACAUACUAUACUAUGACAAUUUUCAUGGCAUUUUGACGACAUACUAUACCAUGACCUUUUUUAUGGCAUUUUGAUGUCAUACUAUACCAUGACUUUUUUUAUGGCAUUUUGAUGACAUACUAUACUAUGACCUUUUUUAUGGCAUUUUGACGACAUACUAUACUGCGACAUUUUUCAUGGCAUUUUGACGACAUACUAUACUUCUUGAUGAAUUUCAUGGCAUUUUGACAUCAUACUUUACUAUGGUAACUUUUAAUGUCAUACUGUGACACCUUAUGACACCUUUCUAUAAGUCCUUAGAGUUUUGAUGAUUGAGUGCAAAUUUAGGAAGCCAGCAUAUUUAAUUCAAGUGUCACUUCUGUCAUGAUGUGACGAUGUUUGUUUCUUUUUUUAUAGAGUUUGAAGUCAACGUUGUCAUCGUGCUUCAUGAUGAUCACCUUAUCACAGAGAACUUCCCUCUGAAGCUGUGCAGAGUCUGAACCAACGCAGCUCUACUGGAUUCAAUGCUCUCUACAACACUUCUAUAAAAUGCAGCAGUACCUCUAAUAAUGCUAAUACUCUGACUAUAAAUACACCUGAAUUUUGUCAGAAAUAUACAUAAACAUGACCAAAAGUGUUAGAUAUCAUUCCUUUAUUAUGUUUUAAAGGUGAAAUUUCAGUUUAAUAAACAUCAUAUUUUUCAAAGUGAA